ACUGACAACAAAGUGCGUCUUCCAUCAAGGUUUACAGCAAAACUGCAGGAGCAGCCGCGGCAGCAGCGACUGUUUUCACCCCGAAAUAGCAAGAAAUAGCAAGAUGUCGAGUUUUGUGGUAAACCCAGUUUUCACGGACGAAGGCUGGGACGAGCGCUUCGCUCUGCCCGAGACCAACGCCGAGAACAGGGCGCUGAUAGAGGAGAUUCGUUUAAAGGAGACACAGCUGAAAAGACUGGAACACAAACUCGAGAGCAACAAGGAACAAAAGACGUUAAUGAGUGAAUUCCUCAAAAAUGGCAAACGAGAACUGGAGAAUACUGCGGCUCUGUGUAAGGCCAAGGGGAGAGAAGAAGAGAUGGAGAAACACCUGACAGCCCUCGCAGAGAGGGAGUCCGGUCGCCUGGCACAGGAGACUGCCCACAUGGAGAAUGAGCUCCGGUCUCUAGCUGAGAGGAGAAACUUGCUCGAGAAUCACAUCUUCAAGACCAAACAGAAGCUGGAGGAGUUCAGGAGCCAGAUGAACUGGGACCAGGAGACCAUGGAUGCCUUUUUGGAGGAAUCGGCGUGCAAAGACGAGGACACGAUGGCCAUCAUCAAGUAUGCCCAGCAGGAUGAGCAGAAGAUCAAGUCACUUUCUCUGGCCAUAGAGAAGAAGGCAUUGGAGGCUCACGACAAGCGCAAAGCACUCGACAAAGAGUUGACUGAGACUGUAUCUGCACAGCUUGCUCUGGAUAAGACUACAGAGAAUUUAGAGCAGACGCACCUGGAGACACAGCAGCUCAUUCACCAGUGGGAAAACACCAUCAAGCUGAUGAAGCGGCGUGAUGCUGACAUGCAGCAGUGUGCGCUGCAACUUGCCCAAGCCAACCAGAACAUACGGGAGAGGAAUGCUGCUGUUACAGAGAAGAAGCACCUGCUGGAUACUCAGAGGAGAAACAACAAGGAAGCUGAGAGGAAGAUAACAUUAGCCCAACGCGUGGCUGUCAAACUGCGGCAGGAUUUGAAGGAGCAGGAGAGUAACUGCAGCAGGCUGCAGGACGAGUUGGACAGUUGCAAGGGCACACUAGACAAGGCUAACUCCAGUGUGGAGUCUGUGACAGCCAACAUAUCCAAAAUGAAGAAAAACAUUCAGGAUAACGACAACAAACUCAGCGAGGCCAGGGCCUACAAUGCUGCUCUGGAGGAGAAACUUAAAGUUGUCACUCAGACUGUCCUGAGUGAGGAGGAGAGAGCUGCACAGAUGGACCAGUUUCUUAAGGAUGAGGAGCAGGCGAUCAAGGAGCUGGAUGUGCAGCUGCAUGACUGCAGAGAGGAGCUGUUCCGUCAUAAAAACCACUUGCAGACCCUUAAGACCAAGGGGAAGGAUUCUGAGGCCCAUGUAUCGAGGAGCAGGUCCACGAUCGCCAGCCUGAAGAGCCAGCUCACAAAAGUGGAGAAGGACUUAAUGAAACAGCAGAUGACCAUUAAUGAGCAGGACUCCAAGAUCAUCUGCCUGAGUAGGAAACUGGCACGGCUGCAAGGUGACAUUCAAGUGGAUGAAAAACAAAUGCUGGACAUGAAGAUUGCAGAGUUGACCCAAGCCCUGGAGGAGAAGAAGAAGACUGCCAACAUGUUAACCAACACACUCAAGGAGUCUGAAGUCAGUCUCACUGCUCUGCACAACGGACACGUGAAACAACUGCUUCUCAAUCUCUCUCUCUCUCUCUUUCUUUCUCUCUUACAGGAUGACAUUCGCUUUUUCAGAAAAGAAAUGGAAAAGUCUAAAUGUCAGAAGAGAGCUAUGACUGAGAAGGUGGAGGAGCUCAUGCUACUCAGUGACACAAAUGACAAGGAGCUGAAGAGACUGCGACUCAGAAAACAGGACGACAUGGUUGAGCGGAACAUGGUGAAGUUAGAGGUCAAACGUGUCAGAGAUCUGCUGUACAACAAGGCGGAUACUGUGCUGUCUCUGGAGAAGAGGAGGCUGGAGCUUCAGAGAGCCAUGAAGGAGAGGGUGGAGGAGAUCAAGGUCUUCAGAGAGAUGCUCGGCCAGAAGUUCAAGCUCACCGAGCAGGAGAGACAGAGACUCAGUGCUGAAAUGAACGAGAAACUGUCCAAGAUCGACCUGACAAAGAAACGCUUUGAGGUCGCGACACUUUCAAUGGCAGCUCCUGAGGGGGAGGAGGACAAGUCGCAGGCUUAUUACAUCACAAAGGCUGCACAAGAGAAAGAGGAGGUCAGGCAAAAGGGAGACAGUCUCGAUGCUAAAAUACGCAAGAUGGAGCUGGAAAAUAGAGCACUGGAGAACACCGUCCUGCUGUUCAACAACAGCAACUCGACAUUUCGCAAAUCUCUCAACAAAGUAAAUGAAUCGAGUCCAGAAUACCAAGAAAAACGGAAGUUAGAGGAGCAGCUGAGGACAUCGGAAGACACACUGAAGUACAAGAAAAGACAAGUCCAAGAGCUCCAACAAGACAUACAGGACAUGAACAACACGUUGGCAGGUCUGCUGCAAGAAGAGCAGCUGGAGAAGGGAAAGAUCGAGCACAAACAGUCACUCAUCGCUAAAGUGAACAAAGAACUCGCUUCACAGCGACAGAAAAUGGACAGAGCAACAAAACAGUGUUCUAAGUUGACCAAAGAGAUCCGCUCGGCAAAAAACACCAAGACUGAGACUUUUGAAGAGAAGGACCUGAAACUGAGGGAAUUGAAAGAAUUCAAUAGGAGCAUUGGAAAGAUGCUGAAUGAGACCCUGGAGGACAAGCCUGAUCUCAGAUCAGUGAUGGAGAAAUACUUCCUGCAGGCCAAUCUGUCUCUUCCGACUCCUUCCUCUACUCCGACCAGCCACCGGAGCUCCAAGGCGAACUCUGCCCGCAGCUCUGCCUCACUCAGAUCUCCUUCAUCGUCAGCCAGCAACAGCCCCAGGGCCUCUGCAUUUCAUUCGCCCGCAUUGAAGACGGUGGAGCUGAGCUUGGAUAUGACAGUGGCUUCCCCUCCUCUCACCAUGUCUAGACGUUCCAGCUCUGCAAACAGCGGCAGCAGCAGCAGCAGCAGCAACAGAAAGCUGAAGAACAACUGAACAACUUUACAUGAUGGACACGAUUCUGAAUUUGUAUUUAACCAAUUCUAUUGUUGGCUUUAAAUGUGUUGUUUGUAUCUGAUAUGAAAACUUGACUGCUGUUCAUUAAAAAAAAUACACUUAAAACUGUGGUGUGCAACAAUUAAGUAUAUACUAUGUAUAUAAAUAUAUCUGUUAGAUUUAAACGUCUGCAAACUCUCUGUGUUUCUCAGUGUCAUAGGACUGGAUAAUGAAAGGGUGUGGAAAUGACUUCUUUAAAGUUGUGUGACAGC